CAUUCUGUGGACUUGAGACGUUUCGCGUCUCGACAUCGGCAAUUGCUGAUGAUUUAUCGGCCAAUAGAAAAAGAAGAGGUCCCCAUGGCUUUGCGGAUUUCGGGUAAGAAUGUUGAUGUGGGCGAUGCACUUCGCGAGCACAUCACAGACCGAAUCGAUGAUGCCCUGUCCAAGUAUUUCACGGGCGGAUUCACUGGCCACGUCACGCUUAGCAGGGAGGGCACAGGCUUCAAGUCUGAAUGCAACCUGCACCUGGACACGGGAAUCGUGCUACAGGUGUCGGCGCAGGAUCAGGAUCCGCGCAACAGUUUCGAUGCUGCUGCGGACAAGAUCGAAAAGCGAUUGCGCCGUUACAAGCGGAAGCUAAAGGAUCACCACAGCCACAACGGCAACGGUCGUGAGGCGUUCGAAGCAGCAUCCUACGUAUUGGCGUCACCGGAGGACGACGAGGAAGUGCCGGUGGAUUUCAAUCCGCUUGUUAUUGCCGAGACCUCUGCCAAGGUUAAGACCAUGACAGUCGGUAUGGCGGUGAUGGAGCUGGAUCUGACCGAAGCACCGGUGGUUCUGUUCAAAAAUGCGGCAAAUGGCGGUGUAAACGUUGUCUACCGCAGAGCAGAUGGCAAUAUAGGGUGGAUAGACCCAGCGUUGGUGGCCGGUGAGGCCGCCGAAUAAAAUGA